GGCGGCAGAACCAGAGCAAGGGCGCUUGGGAGAAAUCUCGUUCAGUGGCGAUAGAUUAGUCAGGCCUCAGAAAGAUGGCGUCCUCGGAGCAGGCAGAGCAGCCGAACCAGCCGAGCUCUACUCCAGGAAGUGAAGAUGUGGUGCCUCGAGAGCCUCUGAUUGCCACAGCAGUGAAGUUUCUACAGAAUUCUCGGGUCCGCCAGAGCCCACUUGCGACCAGGAAAGCGUUCCUUAAGAAGAAAGGGCUGACCGAUGAGGAGAUCGACCUGGCUUUCCAGCAGUCGGGCACUGCUGCCGAGGAGCCCACAUCCUUGGGCCCGGCCAUGCAGGUGGUUCCCGUGCAGUCCCCCCACCUCAUUUCACAGCCAUACAGUCCCGCAGGUUCCCGGUGGCGGGACUACGGUGCCUUGGCCGUCAUCAUGGCCGGAAUCGCAUUUGGCUUUCACCAGCUCUACAAGAAGUACCUGCUGCCCCUCGUCCUGGGUGGCCGCGAGGACAGGAAGCAGCUAGAGAGGAUGGCGGUGAGUCUCUCCGAGCUGAGUGGCAGCGUGGCCCAGACAGUGACCCAGGUACAGACGACACUGGCCUCUCUCCAGGAGCUGCUGAGGCAGCAGCAGCAGAAAGUCCAGGAGCUGGCCCAUGAGCUGGCCGCAGCCAAGGCCACCACAUCUACUAACUGGAUCCUGGAAUCCCAGAACAUCAAUGAGCUCAAGGCGGAAAUUAACUCCUUGAAAGGGCUGCUUUUGAAUCGGCGGCAGUUCCCGCCGUCGCCCUCACCAUCGGCCCCGAAGAUCCCCUCCUGGCAGAUCCCGGUCAAGUCGCCGUCACCCUCCAGCCCCGCCGCUGCCAACCAUCACAGCAGCAGCGAUAUCUCCCCGGUGAGCAACGAGUCCACGUCGCCGUCACCUGGCAAGGAGAGCCACAGCCCUGAGGGCUCCACGGCCACCUACCACCUGCUGGGCCCGCAGGAGGAGGGUGAGGGCGCGGUGGACUUGAAGGGCCAGGUGCGCAUGGAGGUGCAGGGUGAGGAGGAGAAGAGGGAGGACGAGGAGGACGACGGUGUGGGCCACGUGGACGAGGAGGACGUGCUGGGGGUGCAGAGGGAGGACCGCCGGGGUGGGGACGGGCAGAUCAAUGAGCAGGUGGAGAAGCUGCGGCGGCCCGAGGGCGCCAGCAACGAGAAUGAGCGGGACUAGGGUCCUUGCCGGACGCCAUCCAGCAGGCGGCACAGGGCGCCAGCUCUGGCUCGCUCGGUCCAGGAGGGCGGCCGGCGCUGUCUCCUCGGACAGGGUGGGUGUGUGUCCUGCAGCCUUGUCACCCGGCCUGGCACCCUGGUCUGUCCCCAAGGUGGGCGGCACCAGGCCUGGAGCUCCAGCCCUGCCCACCCUCCUGGGCAGACAUCCUGUCUGGGUGCGUUUGCCAGGUGUCUUGACUAAUGUGGCACUGUGCAUGGCAAGAGCUCGUGUUGUCACCGUCUCCUCCUCCUCGGGGAGGAGCUGCAGUCCCCUUGGUCUCUGCUGUCUCCCUCUGUCCCCCGGGCCUGACCCGUGGCUCCUCCCCUGCCAUGGACGUGCUGUGGGUCUGCCAGGGCCGGGCCUCCCAUGUCCCCUGCUGCCCUCAGACAGUGACAUCAAAUUGCGCUUGUGCCCUCCUUGCCUGGCUCUGCCCAGCCCAUGGUCAGACGCGGGCCCCGCCCGUCGUGCAGCGGAGCAGCAGCAGGGCCUCCCUGGAACAUGUCCCUCCAGGUGACUGUAGAUUCCGAAUGUGAGAUGACUGUACAUAGCUGUAAUAAAGACGAGUUGCCACUCCUUAA